AUGGCGAGCGCACUCGACGACGUCAACGGAGGCAACUGGUACGAUUCUAGUCUACCCAACGGCGUGCCCCUCCCACCGCGAUACCAGAAGCUGCUUAGCUACUUCACUGAGGAUAUCCUCGCGUCUCUCUCCUGCCACCCCGCCAUACACGAGGACCUCUGUCGCGGCCUGAUCCCGGUCGCGCUCGACUCUCCGCACCUGCUAUCCGCGUGCCUCGCGCUCUCCGCCGCCGGCUUUCUCUCGCGAGGUCUCUCCGAGGUUGAGGGAAUUGAAAUAUCCCGGGUGCUAGGACACUUGCAGCACUCGGGGCUCGCGUUGCUACGGUCGGCCUUGGAUAGCCGGCAGUCGAACGAGACGCUGCUGGUGACGUGUCUUAUCUGGUGCCUGGCUGAUGUCUUUGCCUGCGGCCAGGGGGGAUCGUCCUGGAGGAUCCAUUUACAGGGCAUCAAGGCGCUCAUUGACGGCAACCGGACGUAUCAGAAGUUUGGCACCGGCUCGGGCGUGUCCCGGACGUCGAUGAGGCAUCUCUACCUCUUGUACCUCUCGCUGCAGACGUUGCCGUACGUCCCGCCACUUGAUCACCUGGGUUUUGAUGGAGGACAUGGAGGAGCUGUAGCACUCCCACCUCCGCACGAGACGGACACACCAUCGGCAGCGCACCAAAGCAUCGAUGGAUUUCUCGGCUACAGCGAAGAGCUACUACACGUACUGCAGCAGAUCAACGCCAUCUCGAGCACCAGCGACGCGGAGUCCGCCUCCUGCUCGAUCCCCCAAUCCGACAUCCUCCUCGGGAAACUAGCAGGCAUGAUCCGGCGCGACGCCAGCACGCCACCAGAGAUCUCCAUCUGCACCUCGCUCUCCACCCAGCACGGCCGCGAGUUCCUCCUCUGCCACAAGACGUUCCAGCAGGCGACGCUCGUGCACCUCUACCGGCGCCUCUACCGCAUGCCGUCCGGGUCGCCCCCCAUCCAAGCCGCCAUCGCGGAGAUUGAGGAUAUGGUGAGCGAGAUGACGCAGGGGCGGCCGUGCCACACGUGGGUCGCCAUGGCCAUGCCGCUAUUUACCCUUGGCUGCGAGGCGUUUGCGCCGGCCCAGAGGAGCUUUAUUCUCGACAAGAUUGACAAGUUUGAGGCGUGUCUGGGGUCGCUCCACGUGAGGAUCAUUCGCCAGGCGCUGGAAGAUAUAUGGCAGGCUAGGGAGACCUUGGGGGAUGGGGAUGGUGACUUGUGCGCGAGCCAGUUACUCGAUACACUACAGUAUAACAUCAUAUUGUUUUAG